UUCUGCUUCGGGUGGGACGACGGCGGGGAGAGCCAUAACUAUCUCCUGCAGGGAAGGGGAGAAAGAGGGGGUCACAAGGAGGCAUGGGUAGCGGCCCAACUCAAGAAACUGAAGGAGUUCUCGGAGCUGGUGGCGGGGCCUAAAUGGAAGAAUUUUAUUAGGAAAAUCGGCAGGAUCUUCAAACACAAGAAGCAAAGGAUGGAUUUUCAGUAUUCUCCGCAGAGCUACGCUCUCAACUUUGCCGAGGAUCAGGAUCAGGAAGAAGAUGGGAAUUUGCUGCACAGUUUCUCGUCCAGGUUUGCUCCUCAUUCUAUCAAUGAUCAACAGAGGAAGGAUGGUUUGUGAUCGUAGAUUCUUGAAAUUAAUUUGGUUAUAUAACUAAAAGAAGGAUUCGAGAUACAUAUAGUUUGGAUCGAGUCCAAUGGCGAUGAUGAUGUGAUGUACAUUGAUCCCACACUGUUUGAUGAAUUGCCUCUUCGAAUCAUGUUAGGAUUAUUCCAAAUUAAGUGUUUAUUUCAUAGAA